AUAGUAAUAUUGCGUUACUGGUGAGUAUUAUACCAACACUUGUUUGUAAUAAGCCGAACGUAAACAUUCGCAUUACUAACACUUUAUGAUUUCAAUCGUUCUCCAAAUUGAAAACAGCAUUCCGUGAAAGAUUUUUCCUUCAGCUGCUGUUUUACGAAAAGAAUACAUACUAUGAAGAUAUAGUAAGUGGAUACCUUUUCAUUACAUGUGAACAACAACAUUGGUACAUGAAUGAUUUGCAUUCCACGUGCCGUUUUGUAUAAAUUAUUUUCCCCUAAGGAAGCCGUAUGCAGGAGUAAAGAGAUAUUAUUAGGGCUGGAACGCGCAUAAUAUCGGCAACUUCAACCUCUGUAGUUAAAUUGUUAAACGGUACUCCCACGCGAAAUCGUGCUAGCAUCUCUUUGCACUAUUAUACUUCUAACUUGUAUCGAUUUUAAAUACGUUCUACCGAUUACCUUACCUCUGAAAGCGAUAUCGUUUAGUUACUUUAUUUCGGAAUAGCGGAGCGUUUCGAUUUUUAAUUCCGUUGCUCCUUUGCUAUCGCGAGUUAAUCUCGAAGGGCUGUUCUUUAUGAAUACAUCGUGCUUAGAUUCUUCUAUUAUGUUCCGAGACGUAUCCCCAGAGAAGGCUAUAACUUUUACUCGACUCAGCGUAGCUCUAAAUUGUUAUUGGCCUUUGCCAUCUACCGCCACAUGGUUUCAGGUCCUACGAUUCAAAAUCUUCAGAAUACUAUCGAUGCUUAGCACCGCGGCACUCGUUUUUCCGCUGUUAUACUCAAUGUAUGUGCACCGCGACGAUACGGUCAUUCUCACAAAGGUCGCUUGCUUUACUCUUGCUCUCAUUCACAUCUUGUGCCAGUCGGUAUUCAGUAUCGUUCAUCACGAUCGGAUUCAGGUGUUGGUCGAGGAAAUGACAGAGUUUUGCACGAAAGCAGAGACGAUCGAAAGAUGCGUCCUCCAACGAUACGUCGACAAGUACUCGACGUUUUACGGGAUGUCUGCCUCUUGGUUUUACGUGACCUCGAGUAUCUUUGUCGUAGGAACUUUGUUCAUAGAUCAGCCCUUUCCAACUGACGCAGCCUAUCCGUUCGCCGUCGAUUACGAGCCCGUGAAGACGGUGAUUUAUCUGCACCAAACUUAUGUGUUUAUGCAAUGCUCCGCGAUGGUGUGCGUCAACAUGUUCGUUGCACUGCUGUUGCUGUUCACCGCGGCACGAUUCGAGAUACUCAUGGAGGAGCUACGCGUUGUUCAGAACGUCGACAUGUUGAUAGAAUGUCUAAAAAAAUAUUACCACGUGAGAAGUUAUGCACAGGAAGUGGUCAAUGUCCUCCAAUAUUCAGCCCUCUACACGACAGUGAUGGUCACGCUCCCAAUCGUGCUGUGCGGCUUGAAUAUUAUUGGUCGCCAACCGAUUGUGAUAAAAGUGCAGUUCAUGUUCUUGGCUGGGACUACGUUACUGGAGGUUUUCAUGUGUGCGUGGCCUGCCGAUACCUUGCUGGAAGUGAGUGAAAAGGCGAUGCGAAGCGUAUACGAAUCGACAUGGUACGAGCAGUCUGUGAGAAUGCAGAAAAUCGUUCUGCUCGCGUUGCUGCCUCAGAAACCAAUAACCAUCCAUUUGGCGUUCAUGGUUCCAGUUCUGUCAUUGCAAUUCUUUUGCUCGUACAUUGCAAAUGUGUUUUCCAUGUUCACUACGUUGCGACUAGUGUUGAAUGAAGAGGCCAAAAGUUGAUUGCGUCGAAUGAUGCUGUAGGAAUUAGUGAUUGACUAAUUAAUCAAAGUAUGUGGC